AUGGAGGACCAGGCGGCCACCCUCCUCGCGGCCCUGAAGAAGCCCUCCACCGCUGUGGACACCAAGCUCGCCCUUUUCAACAACCUCAAGUCCAACAUCAAGCACCUCCGCGUCCCCGAAGCCGCCCAGGCCCCCAUCCUCGAGUGCAUCAAGCUCGCUAUCACAGCCUCCACCUCGGCGGCCCUCGUUUCGACCGGUUUCUCAACCCUCGGCCACCUUAUCAAGCGAUUGGUGCUGCAGGAUCAGACGUCCAUCAUCACAUCGCAGAGCGGCCGCAUCCUCCCUUUACUCCUCGAUAAAUUGGGCGAUCCACGCGAGAGCCAUCGCAACGCCUCGUCGCAGCUCCUGGCCGACCUCUGGCCCUUGUGCCAUGCCGACGUGGAGAAUCUGAUGCGAGACACGGCCAUGAAGGGGAGCAAUCCACGCGCUAAGGAGAUGUCCAUGGAAUGGGUCGUCAAGAUGAAUAAGACGGAGGCUCUGCCGUUCCGCAGCUUCGUCCCUGGAAUCGUCGCAAAUUUAGAAGAUGGGGAUGGCAUCGUGAGAGACACCGCCAAGAACGCCGUGGUCGAGCUCUUCAAGACUGCGCCAGAACACGCCAAGUCCGACUUGAAGAAGCAACUUGUCGCAUUCAACGUCCGGAAAUCCAUCACGUCGUAUAUCGUAGCUCACCUUGGCGGCACUGCCCCUUCUGAAGACCUAACAACGUCGGCGAUAUCUAUAUCGACAACAUCGGCUGAUACAAAUGCUGGCUUUGCUGACAGCAUGAUAUCGGAGGCCCCUCCACCCAUGGAAAUCGUGCCAAUGGAUCCGAUAUACGUUCACACCCAGAGAGACCUCGAUGACAUAUUCCGGGAAAUGGCGCCACAUUUCGAAGGGAGAGAGUCAGAAGGAAACUGGCUACCUCGUGACAAGGACACUCUGAAGCUCCGUCGAAUCACCAAGGGCAAUGCUCCGUCCGAAUUUCACAUUGCGUUCGUGACGAACAUCAAAUCGCUGUUGGACGGCAUUCUGAAGGUCGCUAACUCGCUGCGUACGACCAUGUCAACCAAUGGUUGUAUGUUGAUUCAGGAGUUGGCUAAGACACUUGGACCUGCUCUAGACCCGUCGACCGAGAUUCUCCUGCAAAGCUUCGUCAAGAUGUGCGCGGCUACGAAGAAAAUCGCCGCCGACAACGGCAACACUACGGUCGAUGCCAUUCUCCAAAACGUAUCAUACAACAGCAGACUGCUACAGCAUGUAGCUUUCGCGGCUGCGGACAAGAACGUGCAACCUCGCAUAUACUCCGCCAACUGGAUCAAAACAAUGAUCAAGAGGCACAAAUCACAUAUAGAGCACUCAGGUGGUCUGGAUCAGCUGGACAAGAUAAUUAAAAAGGGCCUUGCGGAUGCCAAUCCGAAAGUCCGAGAAGGCAUGCGGGCAGCAUACUGGACGUUUGCCCCUGUCUGGCCUAAGAAGGCUGAAGCUAUUAUGGCAGACCUUGAUCCCAAGCAAAAGGGUCUCCUCGAAAACGCCCCUAGCAAUCCCAAUGGCCCACCAAAAGCUACCGCUAGCGCCCCAAGCUCCUUUUCGAAGUCAGUCGGAGCUAGUGGACCUAGACAAACUCUCAAAGAGAAGAUCGCAGAGCAGAAGAGAGAGCGACUAGCAAAACAGAUGCCCGAGCGUCCAAGCUCCGCUCAGGCAACCUUUUCUCCUAUGAAGACGGCUAAAUCGACUUCCAAUCUUCGCAUAGUUUCUACAGCUUCAAACACACCCCAUUCGGUCAGGCCACCUUCUGCUAUGUCUGGGAGCACUGCUUCAAGAUCAGGAUUAGGAACUUCGUCUAGCACAACGGCGUCGGGUGCCCUCAUGGCUGCACCGAUGCGUCGACCGCGGAAACCGGAAAUAGCCAGACCAGCAACAGCGGAUCCGUAUCACCGCCGAACAGGGAAGAACGUGACACCUUCGAUGACUCCUGAGAAGACCCCCGCUACGAAGAAAUCAGUUGCAACAACAAAGAGCACGAUUCGCCCCAGGACGGGAACCGGACCAGAGCGUCCAAGCCCGAAUAUCAGUCCCAUUAGGAGCAAGUCACGUCUGGAGCAACUUUCUAGUCACCGAAGGACGCCGAGCGGGGAUAGCACUCGCACAGCUAGUCCAGCUGGGAGUCCAUCGAAGGAUGAGGAGCUGACCAUGGUGAUGCCCCGAGGAAAAGUCCUGGUAGGCGGUGGUGAAUCUCAAGCUAUACCGUUCCGAAAGCGAGCAGGAUUGGAGAAGACAAUGUCUGUGGAUAGCGGCAUUCCUCACGCAGCAGAUGAAGAUGGCUUCACAAUGGUCAUCCCUAGUAUGUCUCUGCCGCAGCCCUCAGGACAGCCGGCACACCAACGCAGUCCUCCGAAGUCAGCAUCCAAAUUAGGGCUUGGAAGUCCCCGAGUUAUAGGGGGCUUGGACAAGACACCUGCCCUUGGGUUGUUAGGCAGUCCCCGACUCCGUUCGCCAGAUCGCACAUAUGGACAGGCCGGCGGUGAUGCGCAAGCAGACGAGGUUCAGGUGUAUGAAGACCCGUUCGUAGGCGAUGAGCCUAGUGCGACAUCUACAGACCCUGAGAAGCCUGUAUUGGAGGAGCUCCCACUAAAUGAGAAGAAAGUCGAGCGACGAUCGAGCAGCGAUAGUGUUGAGAGUGCUACAAUGAUGGGGGAUGGAGCUGCCAGAGAUGAUGAGCCAUCGCGAGGACAUCACAAAACCACAAGCACUGGCAGUGUCAUGCUCACAAAUGGCAACGACUCACAGGUCACCCAAGACCGCGCCGACGUUCUUAAGAAUCGCAGGCUGCUGGCUAGUGGCAUCGAACGAAUUCGGGCCAAAACCCUCGAUGCUCAUGGCUUCCGCCGGCUUCAAGAUCUAGUGAAGAACGAUCAAGAUAUCUGGGGUUCGGAUGGCGAGAGAUUUGGGGAUCUCCUCUUGGCUCUACUGGACUAUCUCGAGGCUCCUAACGAUUCUCUAAAGGCUCCACCAGGCAAGGCACCCAACCUCAAAGUGCAGGUGUUGGCGACGAUCCGUGCAAUGCUUGCACUUUAUCGCAAGGAGACCGCAGUCUACUAUUCCCGCGCUCUCUGCGCCAUUCUCCAGACCCGAUCACACUACGAUUCGGCGUCUCACAUCGCCUCCGACCUGGAGCACACGGCCAAUGAGAUUGUCCGAUACGGACAGACCAGCGACAGCUUGAAUGCUGUUCUGGAUCUAAUUGAGUCCUCUUCCCCUUCUUUCGCACGUGACACGCCAUCUCCAGCCUCCUCCGCUGCCUCAUCUCCCACCCCGCCCAAGGGCGCUGCAGUUCCAAACCGUACGACAACAAUGGGCCUCAGCGUGCUCGCACAACUCCUCCAGGUGGCACAAGCAAAGAACGUUACAAUCACGAAUGUACAAACCCAGCGCCUCGGUCGGCUGGCAGUUCGAUUCCUCGAUGAUACCGACCCGGAUGUGCGGAAGGCGGACUUGGAGUUCUGCAUCUCCCUGCAUGAGCGGAUCGGAGGCGAAAAGGACGUGUUCUGGAAGGCGGUCGCUGGCGCCCGCGAGCAGCAUCUGAACUUGAUCACGUACUUCCUUGCUCGGCGGGGUAAGGCUUAA